CCAGGCGAGCUAAACCCUUUCUCCAACCCCGGAGUGUUACGGAACUCAUGAAAGCUAAUCUUCGCUCAAGAGCUAUGUUCUCGAGCUCUUUCUCUCCCAGAAUUUUUGUUUUCCUCUUCAACGGAAAACCUAAAGUUCACCCUUUGAUCUUCUCCAACCACCAGCGUUCAGCUUCCUUCUCCACUCACAUUGUCGGGGACUCGCCUAUUCUUGUUAGAGAUUUCAUUCACAAGGCUUUGUAUGAUCUGGAGCAUGGGUAUUUCUCUCAAAGGUCCAAAUCCGUUGGGGUUCUUGAUAGAAGCAUUAAAUUCAAUCAACUCGAAGGAAGGAGAGAUUAUAUGAAACAUUUGGAUAUAAUUUACAAGCAAAGUGGGAUUUCAUGGUUUACACCAGUGGAGCUUUUUAAGCCAUGGUAUGGUCAUGGAAUUGCAGAAGCUAUCUUGCGAACAGCUGACCUAUCUGUUCCACUAAAAAUUUAUGAAAUAGGCGGAGGAUCCGGCACAUGUGCAAAGGGAAUUUUGGAUUACAUGAAGUUGAACGCACCUUCAAGAGUUUACGAGGCUAUGAAGUACACUUCAGUUGAAAUUAGUACAGCACUUGCUGCAAAGCAGAUUCAAACUGUCGGAGGAGUUAGCAGCCAUGCAUCCAAGUUUAGGGUAGAGUGUCGUGAUGCUGCUGUCCGGAGUGGGUGGGGCGAAGUGAAAAAUGAACCUUGUUGGGUUAUCAUGUUGGAGGUCCUUGACAAUCUUCCUCAUGAUCUUAUCUAUUCUGAAAGUCAAACAUCACCAUGGAUGGAAGUAUGGGUUGAGAGGCAACCUCAAAGGUCAGAACUGUCUGAGUUGUAUAGGCCCAUUCAAGAUCCAUUGAUCACUAAAUGCAUGGAAAUCCUAGAUAUGGCUGGGAGUGGUUUGGAUAAUGGAGGCAAACUAAGUUUAAUGGCAAAGAGUGCUUGGGCAAAAGUGUUUCCUAGGCCCAGAAGAUGCUGGCUUCCCACUGGUUGUUUGAAACUUCUAGAAGUUUUGCAUGGAGCUUUACCAAAGAUGUCUUUAAUUGCUUCUGAUUUCAAUUACCUUCCUGAUGUUAGAAUCCCGGGUGAUCGAGCUCCACUGGUUUCAACAAAGAGAGAUGGAAGCAGUUCAGAUUACAAUAAUUAUUUGGAAGCAAAGGGGGAUGCCGAUAUAUUCUUCCCAACGGAUUUUUGGCUUUUGGAACGGAUGGACCACUUUUGCUCUGGAUGGACAAUGAAGCAGCAACAAGAGAAAUCAGCCAAGCGUGGGAAGAAAAGACGCACCCUUAUGCUCGACACAUCGGCUUUCAUGGAAGAAUUUGGUCUUCCCACAAAGACAAGAACCAAAGAUGGGUACAACCCUCUCUUAGAUGACUUCAAGAACACUAUGUUUUAUCUUAGUGUGCCCACACACAAUAUCAAGUAGAUUGAUGAGAGUAUUUGUGUUGUUUUACCUUGUAAGUGAUUGCAUGGUUCAGAUAUAUCAUGUUUCACUUCACAAAAAUGGCGCGCGAUUGAACACGGGACAACGAUAUGAACAAGCCAUUGUGCAAUUGUUUUUCUAUGUAGACUUAUGUUCUGAUCAGAAAAGAAUUGCUUACCCAAUGAGUGGUAUGUGCUCAGUAAUCAGAUAGAAAUUGUUCACAAUUCUAUCUUAUAUGUUUGCUUCAUUCGUUCCUGAAAAUGUCAAAUUAAUCGUGAAAGAAUAUAAAAAUUAAAAGAAAUCACUUACUAAGUG